AUGGGCCCAGGCGAGAAGCAACCCGUUGGCUACAGCCAGUUUGCCUGCAUAGGCUCGGGCUUCUCCGCCAUCGGUCUAGGGGCGACGCUCAAACGGUGGUAUGGCAUCACCGACGUUCGCUUCUUUGAGCGGCACGAAGACCUCGGCGGGACUUGGUUCGUAAACACGUACCCAGGCGCCGCCUGCGACAUCCCCAGCAUCCUCUACAGCUUCUCCUUUGCCCCCAACCCGAAAUGGACGCGCGUGCUGCCCUCGUCGGGCGAACUCUGGGACUAUCUCAAGACCGUCGCGGCCGAGUACGACCUGCCGUCCAAGAUGAGCUUUGGCGUCGUCGUGGAGCGCUGCGAGUGGAUCGAGGCGACGCACCGAUGGCGCCUGCACCUCCGCAAAGCUUCGGAUGGUUCCACCUACGCGCACGAGUGCCAGUUCCUCUUCAGCGGCACCGGAAUCCUGGUGCAGCCGCGCGAGCCGGACAUGCCGGGCAUCGAAUCCUUCCAGGGGCCCGUCUUCCACGCUGCCCGCUGGAGGUCCGACGUCGCUCUCGAGGGCAAGAACGUCGCCGUCAUCGGCAACGGGUGCACCGCGACGCAAAUCGUGCCCAACAUCAUCGAGGGCGCGGAGCAUGUGACGCAGUUUGCACGUUCCAAGCACUGGAUGAUCCCGCCCAUCGACGUCCCGCAAACGCAAACAAUCCAGUGGCUCUUCGGCCACGUUCCCGGCCUAAUGGCCCUCGUCCGCGCCGCCGUCUUCGUCUAUGCCGAAAACGACAUGCGCGGAUUCUACAUGACCAAGGCCGCUGCGAGAUUUCGGGCCGGCCGCGAGGCGGAAGCGACGAGGUACAUCAAGAAACACGCACCCGCCAAGUACCACGACAUGUUGAUUCCCGACUUCGAGAUCGGUUGCAAGAGGCGCAUCUUUGACUGUGGAUACCUCAAGGCCCUGCACGCGCCCAACCUCGACGUCGUCGACGACCCCAUCGUCGAGAUUCUCCCCCAAGGCAUCCGCACCAAGAAUGGUAGCGUCACGAAGACCGACGUCAUCGUCCUUGCCAACGGCUACUCGACGAACCAGUUCAUGGCGGGCAUCGAGGUCGCCGGUCGCAACGGUGUCACGCUGGGAGAGCACUGGUCCAAGUUUGACGGGCCCGAGGCGUACAACUGCGUGGCCAUGAACGAAUUUCCCAACUUUUUCAUGAUCCUAGGUCCCAACUCGACGACCGGACACACGUCGACCAUCAUGGCUGUCGAGAACGGCAUCAACUACGCGCUCCGCGUCCUCAAGCCCGUGCUCGACGGUGACGCGACGACUGUCGAGGUGAAGCACGAGGCCGAGGCCCGCUAUUCACGGCAAAUGCAGGAAGACCUGCACAAGUCGGUCUGGUGGGGAGGCUGCCAGAGCUGGUACAACACGGCCGGAAAGCGUAGCGGCAAGACGUGGAACUCGAUGACCUAUCCGCAUUCGCAAGCGCACUACUGGUACAAGUGCCUGUUUCCCAACUACCAAGACUGGACCUACACCCUGACCCCUGGCGCGCCGCGCCGCCUCUUCUUGCGGCGCGUGUUGAAGCUUGUGUUGUGGACGGGCGCAUUCAUCUCGGCGAUCCAGAUGUCACUUCUUGUGCGAAAGAACGGCUUGAAGCUGAACAACUACCUGGUGUAUCUGCUCCAGGGCUACCAGAAAGUCAGGGGCUUUCUCCCUUUUUGA